ACGAAGAUAAAUGGCCUUUUCUGUCAUUUUUGGGGUGUCAAGUUUUUAAUGCCCUCCUAUCUUUCCUGAUACUGGCUGCUCCCUCCACUGCAGUGAUGUCGGUCCUGGAGCGCCUCCUGUUGGCAGAGGAGGUAUUGCAGCUGAAUGACCCUGUCGGGGCCGAGGCUGUGUUCUCGUGGUUAAAUCGACUGAAGAACCAACUUCCCCUCACCGAGAAGGCAGAGAUCAAAAAGAUUCAACGCCGUCUUUUGGACCAGCUUUCGAGCAUUCUGAUUGGUUCUCCUGGGCCUCCUGUUCGUGUCCAAUUGGCAGAUUGCCUGGCCCUGCUAUUCCACCUCGGAGACCCCUUACCCUGCAGCCUGUUUGUCGAAAAGUGCAAUGACAUCAUUCGCAACAAAGAUGACUCCCCCUCUGCCCUUCCCUCCCGCCUUGCGGCAGUGGCUUGUUUGGGCUCUUUGUUCGAACAGUUGGGUCGAAUGCUCAGUGGAUCCUCAAAAGAAACAUUUACAAAUCUACUACGAGCACUGAAGAAUGCUGAGUCUCAGGGCCGAUGUGAGAUCCUGGGCUCGUUGGAGAAGAUGCUUCGCGGCUUAGGACCCUUAGCGGCUCCUGUUCACAGAGACAUCUACAAAUCUGCACGCACCUGUCUAACCGACCGCUCCAUGUGUGUGCGCUGUGCUGCUGCCAAGUGUCUGUUGGAGCUCCAGAAGGAGGCGCUGUUCCUGUCCUCCUCAGAGUUGGAGCACAUGUCCACAGCGUGUUUUCGGGCGUUUGAAGGAUCAUUGUCUUCUGUCUCUGUCUCUGUCUCUGAGCUUUUGGGCUCUCUGCUGGCUACUGCACUACAGCCCAAGAGCAAAACAGCCCAGAGAGGACCCGGAGCGCCCCCUACAGGAGGAGCUGUGUCUCUGGAGGAGGUGAUGGAUCUGUUGCUUGGAGGCUUCAUCAGAGGAGGAGUGGGUUUCCUCAGAGCGUCUGGAGACAAGCUCAAAGGAACCAGCUCCGUCAGCAAAGAAGUGCGCCUCGGCAUUGCUCAGACCUGUGUAGUCCUGGUUUGGUCUCUGGGCUCUUCAUGGGUGGAGCAGAACCUGUCUCCGUUCUUGACUUUGGUCCUGGAGCUGGUGUCCCACUCACGGAGCACUCUGUCCCCCAGUGAUGCAGUGCUGUCUCGGGGGUGUGUGUCUCUGGUGCUCAGGGCUGCUCUGGGGGGGGUCCUGGGGGAGAAGGCCCAGAGCAGCGCAGUGCAACACCUUUGUGGGACAGUGGGGGUGCACAAGAGGGCCAUAGAGUCCUCCCUCUCUGAUGCAGCAGAUCCCAGAGCCUCCUCAGACAUGUUCUCCUCUCAGCAUGCUCUCAUCUGUGUCCUACUGGAGCUGGGAGCACUUCUGCUGGGCUUAGGCUCCUCUGCUGCACCUCUACUGUCUGACCCGACCACAGCUCUCGUUGACUCCGUGGUCGCGGUCUUGCUACACCCCUCUGCUGCCGUGCGAUUGGCCAGUUCUUGGUGUUUACGCUGUGUGGCCGUGGCCAUGCCAUCCCAAAAUGCCGUGCUGCUGGACCGCUGCGCAGAGAGACUCACAACACUGAAGUCCAAUCCAGAGGCCGUGUCCGGGUUUGGGUUUGCAGUCUGUGCCCUGGUCUCAGCCGCCCAGCACCACAACCUGGGUCUGCCCCACAGCAAAGGGAAGAUGGUGUUGUCUCUGGCUGAGAGCCUGCUGCGUUCUGCGUCUCAGAACAGUCGUAUCUCGCUCCAGAGGACUCAGGUGGGCUGGAUGCUCCUGGCCUCUCUCACUACUUUAGGUCCCUCAGUGGUGGAGGUGCUCUUGUCUCGUCUCCUCCUCCUCUGUCGCUGUGUGUUCCCGGCCUCUUUGCGGGAACAGGACAUGGAGCUGCGUCGGGGGGACUACUUUACGUGGCAGGUUACACUGGAGGGACGCUCGGGAGCGCUCUGUGUUCUUAGGAGCCUUCUCGUUCACUGUCAGGAGCUGAUGUCUGAGGACGCUCUGUCUCGUCUCCUCACUCCUCUCAACUGUGCCACAGCGAUGCUUAACAAAUUGGGCUCUCUGUUGCGUUCUUAUGGCUCCUCCAUUCGUCCCUUCACAGUCACAUACAGACUCAGAGUCUAUGAGCUCCUUGCCGAGCUGCCGCCGUACACGUAUCAAGAGAGCUUUGGUCUGGUGAUGAACCAGUUGGUGUCAGACCUCUGCAAUCAGGACCAGCCCUGCUCCGAAUUAACCCUGAUGCCCUCCCUCUGCUCCCCCGAUGACCUGUGUCUGAUCAGUCCCAGCCUCAACGACCCCUACCAUGCCUUUACACAUCAGCUCCAGAGCAGCUGUGUUUCAGGGGGCUCUCUGGAGAAUGACCCCUUCUCCCUCACUCUGAAAUCAGACACUCCUCCAGCUCCUCUCCCCUCGGCACUCGCUCUCAUGGAGGUCACUGUGCGUCUGUUUGGAAACCUGUUCCCCCACAUCAUCUCCGCUCAGAGGGUGAAGAUCCUGGAGCAGUUUGUGGACUCUGUGAAUCAGCUCAAAGGACAGAAGCAGCAGACUGUCCAGACCCAUGUGUGUGCUGCUUUCUGCAGUGUGCUCAAGGUUCACUCUCGUUCUCCUCUGGGCCCCUCGGAGCUGCGGCCUCCUGCUCUGUCUCUUCUGUGGGGGGCGCUGGAGGGCUCCUCCCUUCUGCUCAGGUGUGCGGCUGCAGAAGGACUUGCCCGGUUGGUCCAGAGCGUAAAUGACUCCGCCUUCACUGUGUCCGCUGCUCUCCUCUGCUUUGACAGACUGAAGUUAUCUCGGGACGCAGCCUCUCGCUGUGGCGUGUCUCUGGCACUUGGGGCACUGUACCGAUAUCAGGGCGGGAUCAGCUCAGCUCAACAUCUGUCCACCUGUGUGGGAGUCCUGUUUACUCUGAGCCAAGAUAUUACCUGCCCUGAAGUACAGGCCUGGGCUCUCCACAGUCUCUCCCUGAUCAUGGACUUCUCCGGGGGCUUGUUCCGUCUUCACUUGGAGCCUUGUGUGUCUCUGGUUCUGAGGCUGCUCCUGUCGUCUCCUCAGACGCACCCCGAGGUGCACCUGAGCCUGGGGAGGUGCCUUCAGGCGCUCAUCACAUGCUUGGGACCCGACCUACAGGAGGACAGUAGUGCGUCUCUCAGAGACAGUAUCUCCCUGGGGUCCCUGGUUCUUCAGAGCUCUUCAGUAUCUCUGUUGGUUCAGUCCAGGUCCAUUUCAUGUCUACAGCAGCUCCAUAUGUUCUGUCCCGCUCACGUGGACCUCAGAUAUCUGGUGCCCUCUCUCUGUGGCAUUUUGUUGGACAGUUCUCAGGUGGUGAGUUUGAGCCAUUGGAGCCUGCUGCUACGUCGCUCUGUCAUCUCGUGUCUGAGGCAGAUCGUUCAGAGAGACGCUCUGGAGGUUUCUGAACUUGCUGUGAGUUUGGCUAAAGAGCAGCCGUCUAAAGAGGCCUCCCCCCUGGAGUACAUGUUGCGUGAGCUGGGCCUAGAGGGCGCUCUCUUCUCUCUGUUGGACCGUGAGUCUGAUCCUGGUCUAAUCCAGGACUUGGAUCAGACUCUGGGGUUUAUGAUGGUCUCCAGUCUGAGCAGCGGCCGAGUGGGACAGUGGCUCAGGCUGUGCAGGGACGUGUUGUCUGCUACAACAGACCUGAGUGGGCCCCAGGACUCGUCCGAAGAGGAAGAGGAGAGAGAGGACUGGAGUUCUCUUGGAGGGCGCUCAGAAACAGUCUCCUCCUUCAGUGCCCUCCGCUGGUCUACACGCCGUAUCGCAGUCGAGUCAGUUUGCACCGUGAUCCAGACCUGCGCCAAGAACGGGACCACAGACUUGCUGGUUCCUCGUCUCGGAGACCUGGUGCGUAUGGCGUUCAUGGCAUCCACAGACCAUAGCGCCCCCCUCAGGCUGUCCGGGUUGCAGACGCUGUUGGAAAUCAUCAGAAGCUUCAGCUCCAUUGAAGAGCCAGAGUUCCCUGGGCACUUCCUCCUUGAGCAAUACCAGGCCAAUGUGGGAGCUGCUCUGAGACCUGCCUUUGCACCUGAUGCUCCUCCAGAUGUCACUGCUAAAGCCUGUCAGGUUUGCAGUGCGUGGAUCUGCAGUGGAGUGGUCAGUGACCUCAGAGACCUCAGGCGAGUCCAUCAGCUCCUGGUCUCAUCUCUGUCCAAGAUCCAAACAGGACAGGAAUCCAACUCGCAACUCUACAGUGAGGCCGCCGCUACCAUGGAAACACUCGCUGUGCUCAAGGCCUGGGCCCAGGUUUACAUUGUGGCGGUGCAGAGGAGCAAGGUGAGCUCUGAUUGGUCGACUGACUCCUCUUUUACCACCUCUGCGGCCAAUGACGUCACAGCCUCCGAGUCUGAAGGGGCGGGGCUUCUGGAACUGGUUCAAUCAGAUCUGCCGACUCUGAGCCGCCUAUGGCUUGCGGCGCUUCAGGAUCACGCCACGCUCAGUCUGCCUCCAGAGCAGCACAUGACUGGAGGCUCGUUCUUCUCCCCAGAGAUGAUGCACCAGGCUCGGGUUCACUUCUGCUCCUCCUGGGCCCCAAUCCUCCACGCUUCAGCGCUCUGGCUGCACUCCACUGGUUCAGUGACAUCAGAGGACACACCUGUGCACCUGUCCCGCCCAGCCACACCCACCUCUUUAGGUCACUCAGGUGGUGGAGCCAAGAGCCUGGAGGACGUGAGCGAAGAGAGACUGCAUCUUAUCCUGGGUGUAGCGGUGCAGUUUCUGUGCUCUCCUCACUCAGAGAACCAGAUGGAGAACAUUAUGUCGUGUCUUGAGGCUCUUCAGGUUCUACUGGACAUCCCCUGGAAUCGCAUCAGCAACGACCAGUCCCUGUCCGUCGAGCUCCUGUCUGUUCUACACAGGCUAAUGGUGACUCGAGAGUCUGAGGAGGUGCAGCGUUCUGUUGUGGAUUUACUCAAACGGAUUGUGUGUGCUGCUCAAGAGCAUGUCAGCGAGAAACGCCAUUCUGCCGAAGUGGAUGAUGGUGCUGCGGAGAAAGAGACUCUGCCUGUGUUUGGGGAGGGCAGAGACACUGGAGGUCUGGUCCCGGGACAGUCCCUGGUUUUCUCCGCUCUUCAGAUCUGUCUGUGUGUGCUGGUCCGAAAACUGCCCAAACUCAGUCCAACGUUGUCCGGGACCAAGACCGGGACUACAGGAGGAGUGAGUGAGGUGUGGAGUCUCUCACAGUCCGACUGUGCCCUGGUCUCCUCUGCUCUGUUUGUCCUUUCCGAGCUGCCGUCCCUCUGCUCCCCCGAAGGAAGUGUGUCGAUCCUGCCCACAGUCUUGUACCUGCUGAUGGGAGUGCUCCAAGAACUGGUGCACCGGCCUUGUGCCCCGACAGCUCCGGUCUCUGGUCCCGUCUCUGGUCCCCUUGGUCUGGUCCAGUCCUGUCUUCAGUCUCUCAGAGCGGUUCUGUUGAGUCCGAUGAGUCGACAAGAGAAAAGCCGAGAGUCCUGGGUCCAACUCCUGCUGUCCUCCCUGAGUUCUCUGCUACUACUGUGGGAAUGUGAUGAUCCAGAGUUGGCGGUGGACCAGGUGACUCUCCUCAGAGCUUUAGCCCAGUUCCUGCUCUCUUCCUCUGGGUCAGACAUCUGUGGUGUGUCCCCUCUCUGCUCCCUCAGUCUGGACAAAUUCACCUUCGCCAUGGACUCCAAAGACCCUCAGGUCCAAUUUGCAUGUUUCCAGCUGCUACGCUCCCUGUUCCAGACUCCAGCUCCGGUCUCUGGACACUACAUCCGGGCUUUGGGUCCAACUUUAAUCCGGUUUCUCAAGAGAGUGGAACGCUGUCGGCCUCAGACUUCAGAUGAGCUCGAUUCAGUUCUGGAGGCUGUGAGAGCCAUGGAGACUUUGGUCCAGGCAGCAGAACCACAGCACAGGUCAGUGUUGGUGUCUCUGGUUCUGCCGCUGCUUGUCUCUUUCCUAUUGGAUGAGAACGCUCUUAGCUCCACCCCCUCGGCCUCCCGCUCACUGCACGACUCUGCGUUGAAGGACCUGAUGAGGAUCGGACCCCAGCACCCUGUGGUUUUCAGGUCUGUGAUGAGUUCAUGUCCAGAGCUAAAGUCUCGUCUGGAGGCAGCGAUCAAAGUGAACCAGGAACAGCUGCGGUCCAAGCCCAGCUCAGAGGCCUCUCCUCGGGGACAGAGCUCCGCCAAGACCCCCUCCAUCACACUCAAGACAAACUUCCUCUGACCCAUGUCAGACCUUGUAGCAAGCAAUAAUAUAACAGCCAAUAACGCAAUCAUUUUGGCUAAGUUUAAAUGUAAUGAGCCCACAAUGCGACAGCGGGCCGAUAAUGCAACAACGAGCCCGCAACGCAACGAGCCCGCAACGCAACAGGCCCACAGUGUGAUAACGGGCCCCCAAUGCAACAACAGGCCGAUAAUGCAGUAACAGGCCCGUUGGUACGUUAUCAGCUUAUUACAUUUACUUGGCCAAAAUGAUGACAUAAUUGGUUAAUACAUCAUCAGUUGCUGCACCUGAACCAGGGUCCUGUUUUAGUCCAGGUUUAGUCCAGGUUUAGUCCAGGUUUAACACUAGUUUAGACCAGGUUUAGUCCAGGUUUAACACUAGUUUAGACCAAGUUUAGUCCAGGUUUAGUCCAGGUUUAACACUAGUUUAGACCAAGUUUAACACUAGUUUAGACCAGGUUUAGUCCAGGUUUAACACUAGUUUAGACCAGGUUUAACACUAGUUUAGACCAAGUUUAGUCCAGGUUUAACACUAGUUUAGACCAGGUUUAGUCCAGGUUUAGUCCAGGUUUAACACUAGUUUAGACCAAGUUUAGUCCAGGUUUAACACUAGUUUAGACCAGGUUUAAUCCAGGUUUAGUCCAGGUUUAACACUAGUUUAGACCAAGUUUAGUCCAGGUUUAACACUAGUUUAGACCAGGUUUAGUCCAGGUUUAAAGACGCUGUACCUGAUUUUUACCAUCUUAAAUACGUGAAGCCUGUUUGUCUCCAUGUAAAUAUUAUUGCUUUGCCUGGAAUGUUCCACAGUAUGGAACUAAUAUAUCUCCUGAGAUCACCAGGGCAAAUUACAGGGCAGAUCUUUGGAGAGGCGACUCCUCUCACAGUAAGAUAUUUUUAUUAGCAUUUAUACACAUGUAACUAAAUAAAUGCAUUUAGAUAGGUAUAAUGCAAUACUGUGGAACUUUCAAAGCAAAAACACCUCCACAGAGACAAGAGACAUGCAACAUUUAAGUCUCUGUACCUGAGUUUUACCGUCUUAAAAAUGUGAAAAACAGAACUAGUUCAUUUUAAAGAGUUUGCAGUCCAGUAAUUCCUCACUUACCUCAUACAUUCAGAUCCUCCUAAUGAUUCACCAUGAUGAGUUUAUAAGCACUUUCCACAACUCUGACACCAGAGCGGAGUUUUGCUGUGACAGUAAAGCUAACAACUAGCAUGCUAAUACACACUUCCUGAUUCUAUACAGUACACAGUGGACUUCAAGAUUUGCCAAUAAAAUAUAUCUGUACUGGAGUCGGACACAUUCUGUUUAAAUACAAAAGGAAAAAAUCAGGUACAGGACCUUUAAUUCCAGUUUAGACCUGGUUUAGUCCAGGUCAAAUCUCAUUAUGAUCAUUUUACUUUAAGUUAAAGUUGGUACUAACUGACAGAUCUGCAGUGCCCCCCAGAGGCUGUGUCUGUGCUCGUGUAUCCCACUCCCCAGACACCUCCCUCUGAUGAAGCUCAUUCACUGCAUUUGCAGCAGUUUAAAAUGGCCUUAUGCGUUUGAGAUUGUAACAAAAUCGCACUACAUUUGAUGAAGAAAACCAGGGAAAUGUGAAAAACUUAGAUUGAACCUGAAAAUGUAUUUUUAUAUGAAUGUGAUUAUGAAACACACAAAACAGUGAGAAGGGACUUACUCAAAGGGACCAAUGUUUUACUCAUUAACUGUGUUUUCACAAGUGCAUUGGACAAGUGUUAUUGUAAAUUGUCAACUGUCAUUUGGCAUACUUUUUUACUCCAGAUGCCCUCCCUGUCACAUCACAUUGUAGAGACUGGAAGUAAUUACAUCUUGCUCAGAGACACAAUGGGAUUGCUAAAUGUGAUGUCACUUCCGGGUCCAGGGCACAUCAGCUAAAUGAAAACAAUGGACGUGUCAUUGUUCAAAUUUGACAUAGUACAAAACAUUUCUCUAACAUGAGUUUAGUUGUGACAGUGAGUCCGAGGGAGGUUGAGGUAAGAAGAUAGACUAACCUAGUGUUAGCAGCGAGCGGCAGUGAGAUAUACACACUGGUAAUCCUGUGAUGUAUUACUAGAUUAUUUACAUAUUAGAUACAGUUUGAGGUUAAACACAGACUUUUGAAAGGUACUUGUUUGAUGUUUAAUAAAUAAACAGCACUGUGGCGUAGUGUCAAACAAAUCUAGACUCAUCAGUUGGACUCGGAAUAAACCAGGACUGGAGCAAAACUGGACAAAAACUAAACCAGGACUAAACCACGGAAGUGACACCACUUCACAAUCCCAUAGUUUGGAUUCAGGCCAAUUUUUUACCCACCGACUGCACUCCCUCACUGCUCACAUAAUGAUAAAUGGUUUAUUUUCAUGGAUAUUUGGAGAGCCUUAAACAUCUGCACUUUAGACAGUUUGACACUAACAGAGUUUUGGUUUGGAUUUUGUGACAUGAAAUGUGUAACUUUCAGAAGCAAUAAAAUAUAUAAAUGGUUUAACAAAAUAAUCUCAUUAUUCAG